CUUUUCUAUCCGCAGAAAACUGUGUCCUCGAGAAUCCGCCGGAGCAAAACAUUUUAAUUUAAUUUUUUUGAUUUCUCUUUAAGAAAAAAAAAAGAAUUGUCUCGAGAAAAGAAAGAAAGGUGUACUUAGGGAGGGAGGGAGAAGACAGAGUCCGCCGUGAACCGCCACCGUCGUCCACCGUGAAGUCUUUACUCCUCCGAUCUGAAGUUUCUUCGAACUUCACUUCAACAGUGCCGUGCCGUGGUCUUCCUUCUCUUCGAUUCGAUUUUUCUAGGUUUCGUUUUUGGUUUUUUAUUUUUUUAUUUUGCUGUUGCUGGGGCGAUUUGAACGCGCAAAGUGGUAUCCAUGGGCACGAAACCGUGGCUACAUCCAGCUCCUCAGUACAAAACCCUAGAAACCUUUUGGGACGAUGAAGAGGACGCUCCUGGUCCUAGAUGCGCUCAUACACUCACGGCGGUUGCAGCUACCAAGACUCACGGCCCUCGACUCAUACUCUUCGGCGGCGCCACCGCUAUUGAGGGCGGAAGUUCUUCCUUGCCUGGGAUCAGGUUAGCGGGUGUGACCAAUUCAGUGCAUUCUUAUGAUGUUCUGACAAGGAAGUGGACAAGGCUUAAACCGGCUGGUGAGCCUCCGUCUCCUAGGGCUGCUCACGCCGCAGCUGCGGUUGGAACCAUGGUCGUUUUUCAGGGUGGCAUUGGACCGGCCGGGCACUCUACUGAUGAUCUUUACGUACUCGACAUGACUAAUGAUAAGUUUAAGUGGCAUAGAGUGGUGGUUCAAGGGGAGGGUCCAGGUCCUCGCUAUGGUCAUGUUAUGGACUUAGUCUCACAGAGGUAUCUUGUUACAGUCACCGGCAAUGAUGAACCCAAUUAUCCUUCUGUGUAUGGAACAGGGAAACGAGCUCUCUCUGACGCUUGGGCAUUGGAUACAGCUCAGAAGCCAUAUGUAUGGCAGAGAUUAAACCCUGAUGGUGACCGGCCAAGUGCUAGAAUGUAUGCUACGGGCAGUGCUCGUUCUGACGGUAUGUUUUUACUCUGCGGUGGAAGAGACACAUUGGGGGCGCCACUGGGAGAUGCUUAUGGUUUACUAAUGCAUAGAAAUGGUCAGUGGGAAUGGACUCUGGCUCCAGGCGUAGCUCCUUCUCCAAGAUAUCAACAUGCAGCGGUUUUUGUAGGUGCAAGAUUGCACGUCAGCGGAGGUGUUCUGAGAGGAGGCCGAGUAAUAGAUGCUGAAGUAACUGUUGCAGUGCUUGAUACUGCUGCGGGUGUAUGGUUGGAUAGAAAUGGUCAGGUGACUUCUGCGCGUGGUAGUAAAGGACAGAUCGAUCAAGAUCCUUCUGUAGAACUGAUGCGACGCUGUCGCCAUGGUGCUGCAUCAGUUGGCAUCCGGAUCUAUGUACAUGGUGGUCUUAGAGGAGAUGUGUUGCUUGACGAUUUUCUAGUCGCUGAAAAUUCAACUUUCCAGUCAGACAUCAGUUCUCCAUUGUCAGCAUCAGAUAGAACCCAACAAAGCUCGACUCCCAGGUUUUCUUAUGCUGCACGACCUCCUUCAGGCUCUGAGCCAGCACUCUCCAUGUCCGAAGGACUGAGCUUGGAUGAAGAUUCCUUGGAGAAAUUGACCGAGGCUUCUGCAGCGGAAGCAGAGGCAGCUAGUUCUGUGUGGAGAGCUGCACAAUUAGGAUCUGCUUCUAUAGAUGAAGAACCCUCUACAUCUGAUGGCAGCUCGUCAACAGUAGAACCCACUACUUAUGGUCCUGAAACUGAAGGAGAUGUCCGGCUUCAUCCUAGAGCUGUUGUGGUAGCAAAGGAGACGGUCGGAAGCCUGGGAGGCAUGGUAAGACAGCUAAGCUUGGAUCAGUUUCAGAAUGAGAGCCGACGGAUGGUUCCCAUGAACAACAGCGAUGUGCCACAACCGACCAAGAAGUACACGAGACAGAAGUCUCCUCAAGGCCUGCAUAAAAAGGUCAUUUCUGCUUUGUUGAGACCUAGAAACUGGAAACCUCCUGGCAAUAGGAAGUUUUUCUUGGAUUCUUACGAAGUUGGGGAACUCUGUUAUGCUGCGGAACAAAUAUUUAUGCAUGAGCAAACGGUUCUUCAGCUAAAAGCUCCUAUUAAAAUCUUUGGCGAUCUCCAUGGGCAAUUCGGCGAUUUGAUGCGGUUGUUUGAUGAAUAUGGAUUUCCCUCAACAGCUGGAGAUAUCACAUUAUGUCGACCGGGGGCAACACAGCCUGGAGACCAUAACUUUGCUGCUUGCAUUGAAGGCAAGACGAUUGAAUAUCCGGAGAAUGUUCACUUGAUUCGUGGAAAUCACGAGGCUGCUGAUAUUAACGCUCUAUUUGGUUUCCGUCUUGAGUGCAUAGAAAGAAUGGGUGAGAAUGAUGGGAUCUGGGCAUGGACAAGAUUCAAUCAACUUUUCAACUAUCUUCCUCUCGCUGCACUCAUCGAGAAUAAGAUUAUAUGUAUGCAUGGAGGAAUUGGGAGGUCAAUCAGUUCAGUGGAACAGAUCGAAAAAAUCGAGAGGCCCAUAACAAUGGAUGCUGGAUCCCUUGUUCUUAUGGAUUUAUUAUGGUCUGAUCCUACAGAGAACGAUAGCAUAGAGGGUCUGAGACCAAACGCCAGAGGACCAGGUCUUGUCACGUUUGGGCCUGAUAGAGUGACAGAGUUCUGUAAGAAGAAUAAAUUACAGUUAAUUAUUAGGGCCCAUGAAUGUGUGAUGGAUGGAUUCGAGAGAUUUGCACAAGGACAGUUGAUUACGCUUUUCUCAGCCACAAAUUACUGCGGAACUGCGAACAAUGCGGGAGCUAUAUUGGUGGUUGGCAGAGGAUUGGUGAUUGUUCCAAAGUUGAUUCAUCCUCUUCCACCUCCCAUCUUGUCUCCAGAGAAUUCUCCAGAACAUUCUGGUGACGACGCUUGGAUGCAGGAGCUGAAUAUACAGAGACCGCCAACUCCAACGCGAGGGAGACCACAACCGGAUUUUGACAGAAGCUCGCUUGCAUACAUCUGAAUCUAAUUGCAUCCGCGUUUUUCCCCCCGAGUUCAUGAAAUCAAAGUAGAAGCUAAAGACAUUGGACUUUGGUACAAUUCUAUACAAGUACAGCAAGAUUUUAAUGGUUCAUAAUUUGCAGUGUUCAUAUACUCUGCCGCACAUGUGUAAUAUUAUAACCUACUGUACCAGAUAAUGAGAAUGGUAUAGUGCUUUUUUUCUUAGCGAGAUGAGAUAUUUUUUCUUCUCUUUGCGGGUCUUGUGUGGAUGGUCUAUUAUGUUUAUGCUUAUGCAUGUGAAAACAUAUAAAUGACGUGAAAAAAACAUAACAUAUCAAAUAACAAAGAAAGUUGCUACAUGAAAAA